UAUCCAUACAAGAUAUUUAAAAGUCGAUGCAGAAUUUCGAAAGUAUCAAAAUGAUCAAUGUUCUAUGCAUCUAUAUGCACAUGGGAUUUACGAUAACAAUAUUUUAGCUUAUGUCACUAGGGGACAAGCAGUAGCAACGGCAUCUGGCAGAUUAGUUCCGAUAACUCCCCAUUCUUGCUUCAAAAUUAUAUGUGCUUAUUAAUUCGGUUCUUGACACAUUUCUUUUGGAUUUUCAUCCAGUUUUGUCCCAGUUGAUGUAACUGUUUGUUCCAGAUCUGGUAUUUCAACUGCGAUGCAUGUCUACUUUUUGUUCAGACUUGUUCCAGUACCACGCUGGCAUCUACACACCGAUGGUAAGGAAGGUCGCUUGUGCCUGGACACACUCCCUCCUUCCUUCCCUCCCCUAUUCACCAUCUAUCCCUAUACCCUCCCCCCCUCUCUCACUUCCUAUUUCUGCCCUCUCCGCACCCCUCCACCCCCCUCGGCGUGGUGGUUACAAGAGCGCGCUGCCACCUCCUCAGCGCCAGUCUACCGUGAGUCGGCACCAUGUCCAAAACGGAAGGUCUCUCUACACUCAGCAUUACCACCACCACAGCUCCUUUCACCACCAUCGUCAACAUCAUUCUCUUAAUGACUCUUCUAGCGCCCCACGUUUCUCCCGCCCAUCUCCUGAUCAGCCCACGCCCUCACUAUAUUGAGGAGAUACGGCCCGUCUUGCCCACCAACGUCCCGCUGAUGGUACAGCAGCAACAGCAGCAACCACUUCUCGAAGCCCCGCUACAGGUGCAGGAACCACGGAAGCGUGCUGCCAUAGUUUUGGACAAGUUGAUGUUUGCUCUGCAGAAAGCCUUGGAUGAGCCUUCCUCCCCAUCCCACCCACAGUCUGCUCCUCUGCCCCCCAGAACAUCUUCUUAUACAGGACCUCUCGAUCUGCAGCGCCGUGGUAAUGGUGAUGGGCGGCUGUACUGGAGGUGCUACUUCAAUGCUGUGUCCUGCUUCUAAGUCACCAUCAGUAUCUAUCCCUAAAGGAAUCCCACAGGACAACCACAGAACCCAAUGGUACAUAAUUAUGUCAAGAUCAUGCAAGGAAAGACAAAGCAGUAUCCAUUUGCAUAGCAGAGAUGACUUUGACAUCAUAACCAUUCCAAUAUAGUUACCAGUUUUAAUUAAAAAUGAUCAUCUUCAUGAACAGUGAAGACCAGUCUGAGAGAACCUUAUGAGAAGAUCUUCUCUACAAUGGAAGAAGAGCAAAUGUAGCCAAAUUACAAAGUGAAGCAAGAACAGUGAACUCAAGCAGGAAAUCUUAUAUAAAGAUAGCUAACAAAAUAGUGCAUAAGAAAUAUAAUUUGAACAACACUGCAAAUACUGAGCUGAUUACAAUAAAAUGGAUCACUUGUGAAAAUAACUUGGCAAAAACCAAGGCUUGCUGUCAAAUAAACUCUAAAAAGAAAUGUCUACACACACACACACACACACACACACACACACACACACACACACACACACACACACACACACACACACACACACACACACACACACACACACACAUGCAGCUUUUCACCACAUAGACAAAAAAAAUCUGAUGAGAAAAAUAAUCACUAUAAUAAUAAGACCUAGAUUAGAAUAUGCAGCAGUUGUGUGGUCUCCAUACAAGAAGAAGCAUGUAAACAAGCUUAAAAGAACACAAAGAAUAGCAACAAAAAUGGUGCCAGAACUUGAGAAAUUAAGUUAUGAAGAAAGAUUAGAAAAAAUAGGUUUGCCAACAAUGGAACAAAGGAGAAACAGAGGACAGUUGAUAACUAUCUACAAGUUGGUAAAUAUUAAUAAACUGUUACUAAAAGAGACAAGCAAUCAUGAAAUUAGAAGGGGACACUCUUACUAACUAGAUGAGGAAAGGAAGACAGCAACACAAAGACUAGUUUUCCACAAAGACAUAUUGAAGUUUGGAAUGGACUAAAAGAAGAGAUAGCUUUGGCAACAAGUGUGCACAAACUGUAGGAAAAAAUAGACUUGUGUAGAUAUGGAGAUGGGCACAUAAGUGUAACUCAGGCCCUGUUAACUACAGCUAAGUAAAUACAACUAGGUAAAUACACUCUGCAGCACUAUCUUCACUAAAUAUAUAUGCCAGGAUGUCUGAAGACUGCUGCCAUCAAUUUGGUCAAGGUGUAUGAACAUCCUUGUUAAUUUGACUUGUGAAUAUGCAAACAUAAUUAUAAUCAUGAUUUGCUCCCAAUGUUUGCAGAUAACCUAUAAAUUUGAUAGUAUUCAGUUUCAAUAUUUUUUUCCAUCAGUUUUAUUACUUGAGUAAAUGUGGACAUGAUAACAUUGUUGUGCUUUCAUCAGUCAAUUGGCUUAAAUAUUCCUGUUAUUAUUGUUUUUUUUUAUCAGUGUGCAACAAAUCAACUUUGCAUUCCUACCAAAGCCUUUCUUUAAUUAUUUUGUAAGAUACUGAUUUAUUUGUAUGUAAAUAAUCCAGCACUUUAUAAGUAAAUAUGACUUUUAUGAGGAAUACAAAGUCAACUUGCAAUGUUUUAAAACAAGACAGGAAUACUUGUGACAGUGUUACCAUGUUUGCAUAUCUUCAUGAAACAAAAUUACUGUGACAGCAACUACUAAAUGAUAAAAACCAUAUCCCUUGACCCAAUACUGGUGUAAAAUAUUUAUAUUACAUGAUUAUCAUUGAAAUGUCAGGUACAAUUAUUUACACUAUAGACAAAUCUUACUGGUUGUGGCUUGGACAAGUCAUUAAUGUGUGGUAAUAGGUCUAUGUAAACCAUACUAUUUUCUUCAAAGAAAAAACACUUGUAUGGCAGAGAAUAUGAGCUAAACCAAUAUUUCUUUUGAGCCAGGCAUAGUGACAAACUUUAGUUCCUUAAUACCCACAUGUAAGUGAAGUGAUGAGGUAAUACUGUUCUCAGUAUAAGGCAACACAAGCUAACACUGUAUUCAGACCAAUCCCUAGGUGAUCUUAGUCUAUUUGUUGCAGCUGAAGGUCAUCAACAUGCAAGACAAACUGCGGUGGGUCUUGCAUGUUCCCCUCUCUGACUAGAGUACCAUGGUGUAUGGCACUAUAUAAAGGCAGUGAGAUGUUUCCUUGUACGAGUAUGCUUCUCCCUCUUGAUCUCAACUUUAACAUUAACCAAUAAAUGUACAAGUAACAGUUA